AUUGUUUCUGGUCCGGGUGGUUCUGCCCCCUCCCCUUCUCCUCCUUCUCCGCCCUCCCCCCUCCUCCCUCUUCCUCCUCUCCACCCCCCUCUCUCUUUCCCUCUCCCUCUCCCUCUCUCUCGCUCUCGCUCUCUCCCUCUCGGGCUCUGAGGCUGCGAGAGAGCGCGCGGCGACGGAGACGCGGAGCUCUAUGUAGGCUCUUGCCCUCUGCAUUGGUGCACCCGCCUCCCGGGCACACGCACACCUACCUAGAUUUAAUUGGCAAUUAAACUCGUGGUGGGGGAAAGAAAAGAAAGGCAGGAGGACAAGAUGGCUGAGCUAGGCAGUAAGGGAGUGACCGCGGGGAAAAUAGCCAGCAACGUGCAGAAGAAACUCACCCGUGCGCAGGAAAAGGUCUUACAGAAGUUAGGGAAGGCAGAUGAGACUAAGGAUGAGCAGUUCGAGCAGUGCGUCCAGAACUUCAACAAACAGCUGACAGAAGGGACCAGGCUGCAAAAGGAUCUCCGCACCUACUUGGCAUCUGUCAAAGCAAUGCAUGAAGCCUCUAAGAAGCUAACGGAGUGUCUGCAAGAGGUGUAUGAACCAGACUGGCCCGGGAGAGAGGAGACUAACAAAAUAGCAGAAAACAAUGACCUGCUAUGGAUGGAUUACCAUCAGAAACUAGUGGACCAGGCUCUUCUGACCAUGGACACUUAUCUGGGCCAGUUUCCUGACAUCAAAUCUCGAAUUGCUAAGCGUGGGAGGAAGUUGGUGGACUAUGACAGCGCCCGCCACCAUUAUGAGUCUCUCCAGACUGCCAAAAAGAAGGAUGAAACCAAAAUUGCCAAGCCUGUCUCGCUGCUUGAGAAAGCUGCCCCCCAGUGGUGCCAAGGGAAACUGCAGGCUCAUCUCGUAGCUCAAACUAACCUGCUCCGAAAUCAGGCUGAGGAGGAGCUCAUCAAAGCUCAGAAAGUAUUUGAAGAGAUGAAUGUUGACUUGCAGGAAGAAUUACCAUCUCUGUGGAAUAGCCGUGUUGGUUUCUAUGUCAACACAUUCCAGAGCAUCGCUGGUCUGGAGGAGAAUUUCCACAAGGAGAUGAGCAAGCUGAACCAAAACCUGAAUGAUGUUCUCGUGAGCCUGGAGAAACAGCAUGGCAGCAACACAUUCACUGUCAAGGCCCAGCCAAGAAAGAAAACUAAACUGUUCUCCAGACUUCGGAGAAAGAAGAGCAGUGACAAUGCCCCCACGAAAGACAACAAGAGCCCCUCACCACCACCCGAUGGUUCCCCAGCUGGCACCCCCGAGAUCAAGGUCAACCACGAGCCUGAACCAGCCAGCCUAGACACUCCUGGGGCUGCCAUCCCCAAGUCGCCGUCUCAGCUUCGAAAAGGCCCACCAGUCCCACCGCCUCCCAAACACACUCCGUCCAAGGAGAUCAAGCAGGAGCACAUUAUCAGCUUGUUUGAUGACAAUUUUGUCCCCGAGAUCAGCGUGACCACCCCCUCACAGUUUGAUGCCCCUGGGCCUUUCCAAGAAAAUGCCAGCCUGUUGGAUCUGGACUUUGAUCCCAUCCCACCAGUUGCAAGCCCAGUGAAGGCACCUACGCCCUCUGGUCAGUCAAUUCCCUGGGAUCUCUGGGAGGCUGCAGAGAGUCCAGCUGGCAGCCUGCAAUCUGUGGAGCAGGGCCCUGCUGAUAGCGCCAUCGAAGAGGGCGCAUUUCCCGUGGUCUGGCCCAGCCAGACCGCAGAGCCUGGGCCAGCCCAACCAGGAGAUGUGACAGAGGCUGGCGGGACGAAACCAGUGGCAGUAGCUGAAGGAGCCAAGGAGACGGCGGCAAGUGACGGGGCCUCUAGCUCCUUGCCUGCUGUGGUGGUCGAGACCUUCCCAGCCACUGUGAAUGGAACUGUGGAAGGCAGUACUUCCUCUAAGAGGUCUGACCUGCCCCCGGGAUUCAUGUUCAAGGUCCAGGCACAACAUGACUAUACAGCCACUGACAGUGAUGAACUACAGCUGAAGGCUGGUGACGUGGUGCUGGUGAUUCCGUUUGAGAACCCAGAGGAGCAGGAUGAAGGCUGGCUGAUGGGUGUGAAGGAGAGUGAUUGGCACCAGCAUAAGGAGCUGGAGAAAUGCCGAGGUGUUUUUCCUGAGAACUUCACGGAGAAAGUCCAGUGAGAGCUGGAGCCAUCACUCCUUCUUUCAAGGGGAGUGAACCCACCUUUCCGCCCCCCCCCCAAAAAAAAAUGUGUCUUUCUGGGUUUUUUCUUUUAUUUUUCUGUUGGGGAAAACAUAGAAAGAAAAAGAAGAUGAAAGAAGAGGAAGAAAAGGAAAAAGAGACAUCACAAAACAUAACGGAUAACAACCAAAAUUUGAAUUCGUCAGAAUAAUGUUUUAAAAGUGUUAUUUCACAGCUGAUGUAUCCCUGUAGUUGAGUUUCAGGGCUGAGGUACCCCUGCUCAGUUCUCAGUAGCAUGUGCGCCUUGAUCAGGGAACACCUACCUGGGUGGGAGAGUGACCUUGUUGGAGACAAACAACUGGGGAUAGAUACCCAAACCAGCCACUGUGGCCCAUCCCAGGGUGACCACCAUACACCCAUUUUCCUGGCAGCUGCUGUUGGCAUGGGUGUUUACAGGCAGCCCCUAUAAUCUCGGCUCCAAAGAUCCUUCUCCAACCCCACUGACCAGGACAUCUGUUGUGCUGUUUGACAAUAAGCCUAGUGUACAGUGUUAAACGAAAACAAACAAACAAAAGCCACCAUAAAAUGAGAAGAAAAAAAGCAAAGCAACUAAACCCAAAACAAAUUGUGUGUUUCUUUUUUCUCCUCUUCACCCCCCUUCCUCCCCUCCCUUCCCCCAAGUAUAAGUGGACUGUGAUUUGGGAUUUUAUACUGUGAUGAGGGAGACGCUAAAGCAAGCUGAGUCAGGGCCUGCAUUUAAUCAGAGGAAAACCUCAUUCUUCCCAGCUGCAGCUCAACACCUGGAAGAUUUCUCCUCUCAGUGGGGACAAAUUAAUGUGCAAGUGACCGCUGGUCAGUGGUUCAAGACAAGGAGGAGAAAAUGUGCUGAGGAAAAGGAGGCAAAACUGGAGAUGGAGGCAGCCUGUUUUCUUAAAAUGAUAGCCUUUCAAAAUUGUACCUUUUUAUUAGUAGGAGAGUGCAGCCCUUCGGGAACACAGGUCUGGCCUUUAUUUGUUGUUCUUGAAUGGGGUUGACUUUUUUCCCAUGGAGAAUUCUGCAGACUGACCAGUGUUAGAGCCACCUUCCUUGGCCUUGUUGUUGGCUAGGGUCAGAGCUGUCGGAACUCUUAAACUCUAUUUAAUAUUGGUGCGUGGCAUUCUUAUCCCGUGCUUAGUUGGAGGGAGGGGUCAUAGAAGGGGAGGGGGACUUUGUGAAGAGGUGAAAGGUGUGAGAAUUCAGGCAUUCCCAUUUCUCCAUGGUUUUGCUUUGGUUUCUGCAGGAGGGAAGGGGCUUGUGUUGGUCAAAACUAAGGAUACUUGAAACACGGAUGCAAACAAACCAAUAUCACCUCUCCCUCCUCCCCACCCCAUUCUCUUCUUUUGAUGUAAACUUCUCUUUGGAAAACUCCAUUUAGAACAGGUGGGGCCUAGAUGCUCAGGCGUCAGCCAGUCUGAACAAAGUUUGCCUACAUGGGCAAAAACAGCUCUCAGGGGCUGCUGGUGUAGCUGUCGUCAUUGCUUGUAUGAUGAAUUGGGGUGUUGGGGUGGGAGGGGGAGAUCCAGGAGCCAGCUUUGUGUUCUAGGGUGGGCUGAUUUCACUUGAAAGGGUCAUCUGCAUUUUGCUCAGUGUUUUAUUUUUAAAAUGAAAAAGCAAAACAAAACGAAACAAAAAAAUCUGUACUCCAUUGUUGUGUGUGAGUGUGUGUGUUCUGUGUGUGUCUCAUCUUCUCUACCUGUUCAUGGAUGGCCGUCAUAGGUCGCCUUUGGCUGGAACAGCCUGUGAUGACUAGUAUCUAGCUGUAAGGCAGCCUUGCAAAUAGCCACCCCUCCCUCCCCGCCCCCAACUUGCCCAGGGAUGAAGGCCAGCAAACAGUCAAGCUUGUGGAAGCUGCUUCUUUGGGUGGUGUUCCCCAGGGUACUCCUCAGGGAGGGUGGGCUGGGAAAACUCUAUGGGCGGCUGGUGUGGGUACUUUAUCUGCAAGGCUGACUUAGUCAUGUGAGGGUCAUUCCUUACGAAUGUUACAGUGUGUUUGACUGCCUUGUUAGUUGAAAAAAAAAGUAGUGAUGUUGGUUUCUCUUUUGGAAAAUCUGAACAAUGUAAUGAUCGAUCCAUGUGAAACUCUAUUUUUAUGCAUUUGUAAACCUGGUUGAAUCUUCUCAGAGCAAUGUUUUAAAAUAUAUAUCUACAUAAAUAUAUAAUAGAGUAAAAGCGAGUGAAUUGGGUUAAUGCCAGAAUCUUAGCUUAAAUUUGUUUAUUUUUAUGCAAAACUUGUGGCCUUUUUUUUUUUUUUUAAAGGCAGCAGGAUUAUAGUUUCAUCCUCUGAGUUGUCUCUUGGGGUUAUUUGUUUGGUUGACACUUCAGCAAAUGUUUGUGCAGUACGUAUAGCUGUAUACAGUCAAACAGAGAGACCCUUGCUGGGAAGGUGGGGUGGGGACAUUUUUUUUUUUUUAAUUUUAAGUUAUCUCCAGAAUGGAAACCAAAUAAUCAGUUUUCUUUCAUUCAAUAAACAUUGAGUUCCUC